AUGCAUCCCCAUCUCCACACCGAGGAGGUCCAAAAGAACUGCGCCGACGUGGUCGCCAUGCUCGAUGAAUGCCACGCCCGCGGCUUCAUGCACAAAGUUUUCGGUGGCUGCACCGACGCGAAGUACAAAGUCAACAUGUGUCUUCGCGCACAGCGACUCGAGCGCACACGACAGAAUCGCGAAGAGGCGAGGGAGAAGCGGGAGCAUAUUAAAAAGGUGUGGGCGGAGAUCGAUGCGAACUCAUAG